AUGAAGCCGAAAUGUCAACUCAGUGCAAGAAGUGGCUCAAUCAAGCCCCUGAAAUCAAGACUCGGGUGCAAAACCUGCAAAAUACGUAAAGUCAAAUGUGGAGAGGAAAAGCCUCAGUGUUUGCGAUGUACUAGCACAGGUCGCAAGUGCGAGUACGCAAGUACAAUUAUCCGUACAUAUACCUCCUCGGCAUCUGGGAUCCCAACACCUCAUGUAACUCUUUCAUUAUCACCAAACACUGGAUCCCGAGAGCGUCGCGCUUUUUCUUAUUAUUUUCAACACGCUGCACUAUCCAUCGGCGGUAGACUAGAUGCUGAUUUCUGGCACACUACCGUACCGCAGAUUUGCCGAAGUGAACCUGCCGUGUGGGAUGCCAUGAUCGCAAUAAGUUCACUGUUCGAAAACACUAACUCGUCCUCGAGUCUGUCUCCACGUCAGGGUCAGUCUCAAAAUCUUAGCCAAAACCAACAAGACGCGCUGGACUGGUACUCCCGCUCAGUGUCCUCCGUUCGUCAGGGAAUUGAACGUGGCGGCGUUGGCUCUUUUGUUGGGCUGAUUACAUGCAUUCUAUUCAUUUGUAUAGAAUCAAUUUUAGGCAGCCUGAAGGAAGCCACUCACCUCUAUGGACAAGGUGUGCAUCUUAUUCUUACUUUAUGGGCCCAGAAAUCCUCCGGUGUCUUAACAGCGACCCAGGCUUCAUUGUUGAGAGAUAUGAUUAUCCCAAUUUUUAUUCGACUGGCGUCAUUUUCCCCCAAAAAUACUUGGGGCUUAGCAAUCACCAUGGUACAGGAGACUGAAUAUGCAUUGUCAUUACCGGAACAGUUCUCGUCUCUCAAGUCCGCUCGGGAGGCCAUCGUCAUGCUAUCUGCAGAAAUCUCGCUAUUCGAACAGAUUUGCGAACAAUACCUACAAAACUCGCAUGCCUGGCAAAUACCAGAAGACAUGGCAUGUCAACAAAAAACGCUAUCAGCCAGGCUAGAAAGCUGGAAUAUUGCUUUUAUUAAUCUGAUAGACUCUUUCUGCAAGAAAGAUGAUUCAUCCCCGUUGCAUGUUAGUAUUGGUGCCCUCCUUUCUUCUCACUACGAGAUGUUAUAUGUCAUCCUCGCAGUCUGUGGAUCGCCAUUACGGAUCACAACGGAUAAAUAUACACGAAAUUUCCAAACUAUAGUUAAAAAGGCCGCAGUUGCUUUAAACAACACAGCGCGGUAUGAUAGCACGCAAGCGCCAUAUACAUUUGAACUUGGUCUCGGUCUUCCACUUUGGUUUACGUGCCUUAGGUGUCGUGAACCCACAACUCGCCGCGCAGCCCUCGCUCUUUUGCGUCGAACACAUCAGGUCCAGGGAUUUUCUAAGCGGGAUCAGGGGGCCGCCUUGAUUGAAUUGAUCAUGAUGCUGGAAGAGACGUCUGCAACAGUCAUGAAUGCAGCGGAAGUCGGAGACAAUAUCACUUCGCCCCAAACAUUCGAUGAAUUCACUGAUUAUGAGUCCUACUCUCAAGGUAGUAGUGUAUCAAGCAGCCCUUUCAGCACUUUGCAGUCCGAGGUUGCUGCAGCCUCAUCCUCCCUACUUACAGAGAUGGAAACCGAACCAAGAGUAGUUAUCGUCAUUCCACAAGAGGCACGCAUCCGGCCCCAUGGUGCUUUUCAGCUAGGCGACGAUCUUCCUGCUGGAUUGGUAGAAGAAGAUAUUUUGAAGUCGAAUUUGAUCUCUGGUCAAACCUAUUUACAUAUAUCACGGAAUGAGCACGAUUUGUGCAACAACACGUGGAGAAUGGUCCACGAUUUCAUACCUAUGGGUCUUUGA